CUCCUCCCUGUCGUAUGCAGGAGGGAGGGAGGAAGGGAGACACAGAGAGGAUCAGGGUCAGAUGAAUUCCUGCCUGAGUGUGUGCAAAUGUAGAGACAAGUGCGUGUGUGUGAGGGAGGACUAAUCAGGGAAGGCUAGGGAGGGUGUUGUGUGAGUGCACAUGAGAGUGAGAGGCAGAGAGUAAAUCCAGGCAGAAAGGGACGCAAGGAGAGGAAGGAGAAGAGGGGACAAAAGGUAAAAGACAAGACAAGGGAAGCCAGACUGAGGGGGAAGAUGGCUGAGCCAGAGCUGAAAUCGAGAAGCAGCCGGGAGAGCGUUGCCAAGGCGGCAAGCCAGGAAAAGAUGGGAGACACAGGAGGAGAACCCGGCCAAGAUGGCCUUAUCGUGGCGCAACCAGACUCUCCAUCAACCCCAAUGGUCUCUGCUCCCACUGCCACCACUCCCACCGACGACCAGCCAGCCAAGGGUCAAAAGAUUGAGCUCAAGCGCAGCAUCACCCUCUUCAACGGCGUGGGGAUGAUCAUAGGCACCAUCAUCGGCUCAGGCAUCUUCGUGUCCCCGGCAGGUGUAGUCAAGGAGACGGGCUCGGCCGGCCUCUCCUUGAUCGUCUGGUCGGUCUGCGGGGUGAUAUCUACCAUGGGCGCCUUAUGCUACGCUGAGCUGGGCACAACCAUCGCAAAGUCCGGGGGAGACUACGCCUACAUCCUGGAGGUGUACGGAGAACUGGCAGCCUUCCUAAAACUGUGGGUGGAGAUGCUCAUCAUUCGGCCAUCGUCACAAUACGUGGUGUCGCUGGUGUUCGCCACCUACCUCCUGAAACCUCUGUACCCCAGCUGUCCGGUACCAGUGAACGCUGCCAAACUCAUUGCCUGCAUGUGUCUUACUUGUCUUACGUUUGUAAACUGUAUCAGUGUGAGGGCUGCCACCAAGGUGCAGGAUUUGUUCACAGCUUCCAAACUGUUGGCUCUGAUCAUCAUCAUCCUCUUUGGCUUCAUUCAGAUUUUCACAGGUGACGUUCCAUAUCUGGAACCAGAAAGGGCAUUUGAAGACAGCAAAUUCGGGGUCAGCAACAUUGUCCUGGCCCUGUACAGCGGUCUCUUCGCCUUCGGAGGCUGGAAUUAUCUGAACUACGUUACUGAGGAGAUGAUCAAUCCAGAGAGGAACCUGCCCUUGGCAAUCAUCAUAUCCAUGCCGAUCGUUACGGUGGUGUACGUUCUGACCAACCUGGCUUAUUUCACCACCAUCUCGCCAGAAGUUAUGGUGGAGUCUGAGGCUGUAGCUGUGAGCUUUGGGGAGUAUCACCUUGGUGUGAUGUCCUGGUUGAUUCCCGUCUUUGUGGGAUUGUCCUGCUUUGGAGCCGUCAACGGAUCCCUCUUCACUUCAGCCCGGUUGUUCUAUGCUGGAGCGCGAGAGGGUCAACUCCCCGCUGCUCUGGGGCUCGUCCACACAGAUCUGUUCACACCGGUGCCAUCCCUCAUCUUCACAUGCUGCCUGUCCAUGAUGUACGCCAUCUCCCAGGACAUCUUCUCUGUCAUCAACCUGUUCAGCUUCUUCACCUGGCUGUGUGUCGGUAUGGCCAUCGCCGGCCUGGUGUGGCUGCGUCUCACCAAGCCUGAGCUCAGAAGGCCCAUCAAGGUGCCCCUCUUCAUCCCGGUGACGUUUGUGUUGGGCUGCGUCUUCAUGAUUAUCGUGUCCUUCUGGGCCGCUCCGUUCGAGUGCCUGGUAGGCAGCAGCAUCAUUCUCACGGGCAUCCCCGCGUAUCUACUGGGAUACAAGUGGAAGAAACCCCAUAUGGUCAAGAAGAUGCUGGAAAUCUUCACAAUGUUCUGUCAGAAGAUCUUCAUGUCGGUUCCCGAGGAGAGGGGGAAACAGGCGGCCGAGUGAAGGCCGGACGGACCAAGCCGGAUGGAAGUGUGUCAGCGGCAUUCCUGCGGUGUUUACAUUUCUUCACCUGUGAUUUUGACUAGACCGUUUUGUUUUUAUUUUUCUAAAACUUUAUCCAACCAGGUGACAAGAGUUUACGAGUCAAGUGGAAAGCUUGUAUAAGGAGGGUGUGCAGUACUAUGUGAUCCGUGUUGUGCGACCUCUCCAGCUACUUUAAAACAAUGCGGGUGUUUUUCCACCGCUUUUACUCAACAGUUACGUCUCCUUUUAAUGUCCAAAUGUGCUUUAAUGUUAAAGGAGGGAUGCGCUUCUAUCUGCCGUCGGCACAUUUUUCUACACAAUGCAAUCUGCUGGCCAGCAGGUUUUGUUCUUUACCUGACAUGCGCAGAAGGGAAGUCUAAAAUGAAAAGACAAUCUUGACUGUCUUUACCAAAUCCCACCCAGUUUAUUGUAGUUUACUGUUCUCCACAAUCCAAAACCUGAUGAUCAGUGAGGUCAAACUGAGGACUUAGCUGCACUCACUAUUACAUUUAUGGACUUAUCAGAACUAAAUUGAUAGCGUUUAAACGUCAGUGUCUUGAUAAGGAAGUAUAAGAGUAGCACAUUACUGACGAGAAAUACCCAUACUAAUAUAUGAGUUAACUAACAAUUCAUGUCUAGUUUUAUAUUGUUUUCAUUAAUUUUUAUAAUAAAUCUUCAGCACCUACUGUAAAAAAAAAAAAAAAAAAAAAAAAAAAAAAGCACCGAAGUUAGAUUAAAUUUGUGUUUUUCAUGUCUUCAUGUUUAGAUGUGCCGCCACCAGACAGGUCUGUCUCUCGAGUCAUUUAAUCCUGAUGUUGAACCAUGUCGAGUUGUUUUGUACAUGAUGAAAUGAUGAUGGAAACCAGCACGUCUGUUCGUGCAGCGACGUUACGUUGAACUGGAGAGCUGUUCAGAUGUCACUGUAGUGGCUUUAGUUGUGUUUGUGUAGAAAGUACCUGUAGUCUGUGCCAGCCGUGUCAGUGGUGAUAUUACAAUUUUGCAUUUCUAUUUUUCUUUUUUAUUAUUAUUUUUAUUUUCACUCUAAGACCAAAAUGAAUGUUGCACGUUUGGAGACACGGGCUCUAAGGAAAAUCUAGCCGUCCAUGUGUCUCUCUGUCGUCGGCCAUCUCAUUUAGCUGAAAAUCCAGGUUUUACCGUUCAAACCAGCUGUACCGUCAGAGCACACACCGAAAACCGUAAGAUGAGUGCUGUGAUUAUCGACAUUAAUGCAACAAGAAACUUACAAUGUCAGCACAAAGGAAAGCCUGAUAUAAAAAAGCACAUUCGUCAGGAUUCAGUGCCGUAGACUCGGUCAUUCAGGUCGUGGUCGUUCUCAAAGACUUAAAUCAAAGCAGCUGGACUUUGUUUUCCUGGAUGCUGAAGAUGUUUCACCAUACAAUCAGAAGACUCCCUCAGUUCACACUUGACCAGUGGGGAUUCUUGGUGCUUAUAAACUAUUGGGGUUACAUGUAAACCCUCCUGUCGCAUCAGGAUUAAAAGUGGGCUAAUUGAGUACAGAGUGGGCUUGGCUUUGAAACGGGCAAAUGCCACGAUUUCAUUACGGAUUCAGUCUUAUGGCCACCAAAUGGGAAGCCUAUGUGGGAUGAAGUAAAUUAAAUGGAGACAGGAUUCAGAGGCAAAUUGUGUGGGUCCUGCACAGUUUCAGUAAGGUAUGAAAACCUAAAAUCCAGGUAGAUCCCCAUCAGAGUCCACAUAGGCAAACAGGUAAGGCCACAACGAAAACGUCCAGAAAAACCCAAGUGGAACUGAUGCUGCAGUCCAUUUUUAGCUGAUGUCAUGUCUUUUGCCCACUUUGAUUUGUUUUAAGUCGGUUUUGGUCACAUGAAUAUAGGUGUGAACAGCUAUAAAACAGGCUGCUCUGCUGCAAGUGUUGGAUAAGUAAAACCUGAGGGCUCCUCUGCUGUUAAAUGUUCAUUUGGGGCAGUUUAAAACAUAUUUGGAAAGGUGUGCAGAGAAAACAGAUGUUUUGAUCACUCAAACCAUCUGGGAAAACUAACCUACAGUGAAUGAAAGACUCUAAUGACCCACAGAGGGGGCAGGAGGGUCGGUGAUGUGGACACGACUUCAACAGCUUAUUAAUUGAUACUUCACACCAGUCAGUUUGAACUGAUGAAGCCUUCUGGAAGGAAGAAACACCUUCAAGAUCCAAGAAAAGGAAGUCCAGCUGUUGCGAUUCGGGCCUUUGAGGUCACAGUUAUCUUUUCAUAUCAUCAUCUGUUCUGUGAUCCAGAUGCAGUCAGCUAGAGCGGCCGACCGCUACAAGUAUGGGUCUCUCAACUCAGAGCCUUUUCUCUGCAGGUCAGUCCUGUAACAGCCCUGAAGCGGGCGAGAGAACGUCCCUGGCAGAGGCUGCUCUAAGUGGCUGCAUCUGCAAGAGAUGAAAUAUGUUUCUCCUCUUUCAAAAAGACAAACAGUCCUCAGCAAUUACCUUAUUCUUUAAUAAGAAGAGAAAAUAUAGAAAUGCCAAUAUACAAUAUAUAUGUAUUUACAAAUAAACGACAGAGCAAAACACAUUCUUGAUCCACAGUUAAUGACAUGUCCACCCCAAAGCACUUAAUGUUUACCACAAAAAUUGGGUAAAAGCUCUAUGAAUAAUUUACCCUCAAGCACAAUGAACAGCACAGCUGAAGAAAAGAAAGAAAUAUGUAUGCGCCCUUUACGGAAUAUGGUAUCUGAUUAAAAUAAAAUAGUGGACACGGUAUGCGACUAAAAGUGCACAUUGAUUUAAUUUGAAGAUAAAAUGUUUUCUUGAAGCUUCAUCGUAUAUUUUUGUUUGUUGUGCACAACAUACUGGAACUGUGUGUGUAUGAAAUAAUCACUAUAUGCAUAAAUGAAGAUAGCCUUUCAUGGCACUGGCUUGAUGGAAACGCUAUGGAGAACAUAGCAAACUCUUUUAUUUUUAAUGUUAAACUAGAGAGUACUUAUUGUAGCUGUUGUAUCUCAGUGACCAUGGCGGGUACAUGUACAAUAAAAGUAUUUUCUUCA